UGCUUAGUCAUUCCAAACCAGUCUGGAAAAUUGACACACGGAAGUAAGAAUAAAAACGAUAUUUUUUAAAAGAAACAGUCAUUUCAUUUUAAAUUCAAUAGAACACAUUAGUAACCAUGACUUUGAUGGAAUUUUUCGGAUGCACAUUUAUUGCCUUUGGUCCACCAUUUGGUUUGUUUGUGUUUACCAUUGCAAGAGAUCCUCUGAGAGUUAUUGUACUGAUCACAAGUGGAUUUUUCUGGCUACUAUCCCUGCUACUGUCAUCUAUAUUAUGGUAUGCAGUGGUUCCAUUACGAGAUAAACUUGCCUUUGGUCUCGUUUUCUCUGUAAUUUUCCAGGAGCUGUUCAGAUUCUUUUUCUAUAAAUUGUUGAGAAAAGCAGACGAGGGUCUACAAAAAGUUAGUCUGCAGGGACAAGAUCAGCAUGUCACACCAAAAGACAUCUCUAAUAAACAUAUCAUGGCUUACGUAUCAGGUCUAGGGUUUGGGAUACUAGGUGGAGCGUUCUCACUGAUUAACGUGCUAGCAGAUAUGGUUGGUCCAGGAACUAUAGGUAUCCACGGCGACUCACAGUAUUUCUUUCUAGCAUCAGCUUUCCUCACACUGUGUUUCGUAUUACUUCAUACAUUCUGGGGAAUCAUAUUCUUCAAUGCCUUUGACAAGAAGCAAUAUAUCUAUGUUGUGGUUGUAGUUGCCUCACAUAUGCUUGUCUCAUGCCUUAGUUUAUUAAAUCAACGAGGAGCAGAUAAUCCACAGAGUUACCUAGGCAGUAUUAUACCCUCGUAUAUUGUCAUGUGUAUUAUGGCAGUACUGGCCUUCUUCCACGCAGGUGGCUCAAUAUCUAAUCUACAGGUAGCUCUAAGAUGCACAAAACCUACAAGAUACUCUGUUGAUUAAAAUGGUCCAAAUCUCUUUAUAUUUCAUCCAAAAUAUCAUCACAUUGUGGUGACAGAAAAAACAGAACAAAUAGACAGUACCUUUUUGAAAUGAUGGAUUGCUUUUCAUGUACCAUUUUUACUUUUCAUUAUUUUUUAAUUGCUAAAAAUUGUGAGACCUAACAACAUUACAAAUUGAGAUAAUUAUAAAUGUCAACAAAAAAGAAUAAAGUAAAAGUAACAAAAAGUAGAAAAGAUGAAAAUACAAAAGUAUCUCCACUGAUAUUUAUACAUGUAUAUAAUUAAUAUUGAAGGGACUAGAAUGAAUGAUUUUUUUAUAGAAAGAACAGAAAAACUGAAAUUGUUAUCAUUCUGUAUUUAAUCAAAAUGUGAUCAUUUGAAUGUUUUUAUAUUGAUUUUUAAAGCCAAACUAUGAGGAAAUAAACUUGUACAUUGAUUGAUAUUGUGAUUUAUAUUGCAAGGAUAAAUGUCUUUAUGAUUGUAUACAGAAAUGGUGCAUUCUUAAUAUGUAAUGUUAGUAACCUUUACCUGCUGGAACAGGGAGUGAUAAGUUUUCACCACCAGUAUAGAACCAGGCCAGCCUGUACAUGUGGUGUAGUCUGACCAGGCUUUAAACUUUUGGCGAACUUACUUUCAAUUGUCUUUCUCAUACCCCCAACAUUUAAAAAAAGUCCAUUUGACAAAUUAGCAGGUAAAAGGGUGUACACAAAAAGGAUACACAAUUUUGACAUCAGAUCAUGGGAUAAAUUAAUGUCAUGUUGCUCUAAACAAAUACUAGUAAUUAUGUUCUUGUCAAAUACAUCUUAAAUUACAACAUCUAUUGAAUGCAUGAAUCAUGUUUUAACAGUGCUGUCUGUGAUAUUUAACUUGUGAAUGCGACCAGAAAUUCCUUAAAUUAACAGUGGACACUUCUAAAUUCAAAAGCAGGACAAUUCCAUUACAGUAAUUUAGGUUGAUAACGGUUAAAUUAAAGUUAAAUUUUAUUAUUCGCUAUGUAAUGUUUAUGAGGCUGAAUGUAAAAGUACACUGUUACUAUAUAUAGAAUAAAACUAUAUUUAAAUUGUUUGGUAUAUGUGAUUAUGCUUUUUGUACAUAAAAAGUCCUUAAUUAAUGUAUUAAUUUUUAUUUGUUUCACCUAUAUUGUUUUUUUGUUUUUGUUUUUUUUUGUAUGUGUUUCCUGACAGGGACAUAAACAGGCCACUUUUUGACCACUAUUUUUUAACUUGACCAACUGAGUUAUUCAUCUGCUUAUACCCCUCUUAUUAGUAAAUUGAUUUAUACUGUAACAAUAUUUUGCAAAAUAUUUUAAGGAUGGUACAUUGAUUCACAGCUAACUUUUAACUGAGUCUUUUCUUUGAAGUAUCCUUUUACAAAUUUCACAAUUUUAGUUUGACUUUUCAAAGACUAGUAGUGCAAUCCUACACAAAGCAGGAAAUCUCAGUGUUUGUCUAUUGUAUAAAUAGAGGAUAUUGAAUGAGUGUAGUUUAAUUCAAAAUUUAUUGAAUGAGUUGAAUAAAAUCAUAUUAUGCGAGCCUCUGGCGAGCAUAAUAUUGUUUUAUUCAACGAGUUUAAUAAAUUUAGUAUUGAAAUCUACAUGAAUAUAAUAUUCUUUUUAUCACAUAUAUAAAAUAAGAACAGUAAACUGUUAAAAUGAGUAAUUUUUCAAUGUCGUGUUAAUAGUGUAACGCUAACAUUAGCAUGCUUUAAUGCUAUGUUUCUAUAUAGCGCAAAUGACGUCAUGUGAAAGUGUUAUUACACUAGUGUUAUAUUGUUUUUAUUAAAUGGCUUUAUUACACACCUGCGCCGCGGUUUAUGUGAUAAAUUGUAUUAUGACUCGUUCUUGUUUUGACAUUGUAACAAGGGACCAUGUACUGUAAAGUAUACAUAUAAUUGUAAGUUUUGCUUUUAUCUACUGCACUGUUUUUCUUUAAAUGUUAAAACUUGAUGUAGUUACGUUAUGCUUGAACAUAAAAUUAUAUGUCUAUUUAUUUAAAUAGAUUUUAGAAAUACAAAGUAGAUAUUCUUAUACAUGAAUAGAGAAGUAAAUGUGAAAAGUUGUAGUACAACCUUGAAAUUAUAUCAAGUUCAAUAUUUGUUUCUUUUCUUAAAAAUCAAACAACAAAACUUUGCUACUUUUUCUUAGUGCAACUUUGUUGAUGCUGCUCUUGAUUAUUGAGAUUGUUAUUCAGUUUUUGUGUUUUUAUAGAAUUUGUAUAUAUGCUAAGGUGUAUAACACUACAGAUUUCUGCUCUAAACAGAAUAUGAGGAGUGUAAAAGUAUUGUGACAGACAGUUGUCUUAUAGGAAGGCUAGCUUCAAGUAUUUGGCUAUCUGUAGAAAUAGUUUUGUUGUCAAUUUACUUGUACUAUUUCUAUCAGAACAUAUGUACACAUAUUGUAUUGUUUUAUUUUCAAUAUAGAAACUUACUUUAUGACUAUAUUUGAUAUGAAACCAGUAUUUAUUUUACUUGAAAGCAAGCCUACUAGUAAAUGACAAACUUUGAAUACAAAAAUCUACCAAAAAUGUUCUCACUCUUGGAAAAAUACAGUUUGAAAAUAUUCCAGUUUACAAACAGUAUUAUUUCUGCACUUUACAAACUUUUUAGGAAAGGAGUGUGCAGGCAUAUCUAUCUUAAUUUCAAAAGUUUUACUAAAUCCCAAACAUGCAUUGUUGUUCUUUUAGACAGAGAUAUAUACAUGUAUGUAUGAUACUAUAUAUUGCAAUAUAUUAUUGUGUCUUCUUGACGACGCAUAUUUGAAAUCUUGCCCAUCAGACCUGUAAUAAGAAUAUAUUUUUGGAACUGUGUUAUUUGGGUUCUUUUUUUUGUUAUAAAUCAACAUUAUAAUGGCGAACUUUGUUAUUGUUAACUGAUUAAUGUGUUAGCUAUUUUCAGUGUAUAUUUACACAGUUAACUAUUAUUUCAUUACGUUUAUUUUCUUGUCAAAUUGUCAUGAUUUGAGAUCAAAUUUAGUGCUCCUUGAAGGUAACUUUUGUAAUUAUAAAUAUAUCUCAUAAUUGUCUAAUUGUUUUAAGGUAUGACCCUCCUAAUGCGACACCAUAUUCAUGGUAAACAUCCUGAACUUUUUCCAUUGUACACAGAUUAGGCCGAAAUAUUACCCUCGAUAAUAUAUGGCAAAGCCUGGAAGGAUUUCUCAACCAGAUCUUUGUCAUUUUGAAAUACAGUUUAUACUAAAGUAUCAUCGUAUGUAUCAUCAAACAUCAUUAAAAUUGAUAAACACGUUCAUUAUACAAUGAAGUUCUGUGAAAUAUUAUUAAAGAUAACUUUUGAAACAUCAUCCAUUAGGGUGGUCAUAUCUUAAUUUGCUUGCCUGUUGAACAGAAAAAUGUUCAUAGAUUAUAUUUAUUUAUGUGUGCUUUAUUGAUUUGAACAGUGAAUAUACGAGUUAUUUGUAAUUUAUUUGUGAUGUGUAAGUAUUUCUGAUUUUGUAAUAUAGAAAUCUUGUCUUGUGUAAGAUAAUUAUGUUUUAUAUAAUAAAACACUGUAAUUUUUUGUUUAAUUUUGAAAAGUAUACAAAAUAAGUAAACAAAUGCUUUAUCUGUAGAGUUGUAUGUUAGACUGAUACACCAUCACAACAUGUACAACAUGUACAUUGUAAAAUUCUGUAAAUAAAAUAAAACUGUUUGUU